AAAUUAUCUCUUAUACUUUAUUUUUUUUAUAUUUCUCUUUUUUACAUACAACAAUAAUGGCAAGAAGAUACGAUUCGAGAACCACCAUCUUUUCACCUGAAGGUCGUUUAUACCAAGUCGAAUAUGCCAUGGAGGCUAUUUCUCAAGCAGGUAUCGCGCUUGGUAUUCUUACGAAGGACGGUAUUGUUAUCGCCGCCGAAAAAAAGGUUACCUCCAAGCUUUUAGAAAACGAUGCCUCUUCUGAAAAGAUUUACAAAUUAAACGACAACAUUAUUUGUGGUGUUGCAGGUAUUACAGCUGAUGCCAAUAUUUUGAUUAACUGGACAAGAGCCAGUGCACAACGUUACUUGUUUGCCUAUAAUGAAGAGAUCCCCGUGGAACAAUUAGUUCAGACAUUAUGUGAUUUAAAGCAAGGUUAUACUCAAUACGGUGGUUUGCGUCCCUUUGGUGUUUCCUUCAUCUUUGCUGGUUACGAUGAGCAUCAUGGUUUCCAAUUGUAUCACUCCGACCCCUCUGGUAACUACGGUGGAUGGAAGGCCACCUGUAUCGGCGCCAACAAUGCUACAGCACAAAGUAUUUUGAAGCAAGAUUAUAAAGAAGAAAUGACACUGGAAGAAGCAAAGGCUUUAGCCAUCAAGGUCUUGAGUAAGACCAUGGAUAGUACAACCUUGACAAGUGAAAAGUUGGAAUUCGCUACGAUUCGACUUGUUCAAGAUGCGAUUAAAUACGAUCAGUUCAAGCCUGAGGAAAUUGAUGCCUUGUUGAAGGAACAAAAUGUUGGAGCUACCACUACUACCACCACUACUGCAACACAAUAAGGAAACAAAAACAAAACAAAAAAAAAGAGAAUAAUAAAACUAUUUGAAAAUAAGGAAUUGGAGGGGGAUAUAUGUAAACAUUU